UAAGGUAUGGUAAAAUUGUCACGUGCACACUAUUAUUAUUUGUAACGGAAACACAAAAGGUGUACCAAAAGAUCAAUGGAUUUUCGCAUGUUUCUUGCAUAAUCGUUAAUACACAAGGGAUUAAGAUAUUUUGGAUAUACAAGGAAUUAAGUUUUCGGAAUAUUUUGACUGAAGUUUAUUAAGAAAAUUUGAAAAAUUAUCUGGUUUAUCGGCAUCCAAGAUGGCGGACCACGUAAUUUGGUGACACAUCCGAACACCCUUCCCUGACACCUUUUAUUGUUAUCUAAUUACAGUUUUUAGCAUGUACCAUCGUAAGGUAAUUUCAUAUAGACAAUAAGACAUAAUACUGUCAAGUAUAAUAGCAGUUUGAUAAGACAAAGUAAUCUUGUGUUUAUUUUGAGUGUCCUAAUUUUUACCUGGAUUUUUCUUUCGGACAGACCAUGCAACGGAACUAAGGAACAUUUCGUCUGGUUAUAAUGAGUUCUAAUCAUAGGUUAAAAUCACAUCGGGCACUCCGUGGAUUAUCUUUAUUGUUAGUGCUAGUGAUCCUGAAAUAUGAUAAAGUAGCUUGUCAAGAGUACCCACCAACCUCUUUCACAGAUUCUCCGACCGCCGGAAAUCCAUUUCCAGAAGGUGCACCAAAGUUUCUCUUGUGUAGAACGAAUAGUAAUCCCAUCCCAAAGUACCGUUGGUUAAAAGAUGGAUCGUAUAUCACCAAUGCGAGUGCGAGCACAUAUUCUUACCGGAUCAACCAGAUCAGCCGGUCUGAUGCUGGAAGGUACCGGUGUGAAGCAAGCAACCCCCUUGGUGCCGUGCUGAGUUCACCAGCUGAUAUUAAAGUGGCAUAUAUGGGCCCGUUCACUGGACAAGGACUUCGGUAUACCGUCAGAACUAAUGUCAGUAAAGCCAUUGUGAUAGAAGUACCAAAUAUAGACAGUUAUCCACCGCCAAUAAUUACAUGGUAUCAUACUAAUCAACCAAUGAAUACAGAGGGAUCUAAAUAUCAAGUGACACUAAAUGGGUCCCUGGUGCUAUUAGAUAGGGGAAUUGGUGACAAUGCAAAUUAUUAUAAAGUUGAAGCAUUAAAUGGAAAUACAAACACAUUGGAGCAGGGACCGAACUAUGAUGUCAUUAUUCAAGGAAGUUCGACAGGGCGUCAUGGACCAACACUUGUCGUGGGAUCUCAGGAUAAAAUAGCAUAUGAGGAUCAAGAUGCUAAGAUUGACUUUGAAUGUAUAUUUAAUGCAAGCCCAGUGGAAGAGUUACAAAUUUCUUGGUUUAAGGUAACUGAUGUCAGAAACCAGCUUCUGGCUAACAACAAAUAUUUGAUAUCCUCGAUUGGUCAGCGGUCACUGACCAUUGUGAAUCCAAAACAGUCCGACAAUGGAAUUUACGAGUGUGAAGCCUUUCUAUCAGGGUUUCAACGAGUCUCUGCCAGUGCAAACCUUACAGUUUAUGUGAAGCCAAAAUGGACCAAUCAUAUUCCAGAGACUAUUGCCAAAGAUUUUGGUCAGACCGUCACCAUUAACUGUACAGCCAGUGGAUUUCCUACACCUACAGUACAUUGGUACUUCAAUGCACAAGAACUUGGCAAAGAUUUUAACUCCAGUAGCUACACAUUACAUCCGAAUGGUUCACUGACAGUUAGUCAGUUAGACCUAGAACACGAUGGAGUAUACCAAUGUUUUCUACGUAACGCUGCAGGGGAAACGGCAAAAGCCACCUGGCUUAAAGAAAUAUCUGGAGGAGGCAGUGUAGAUAUCACAGACUCUGGACGGUUCCAGGUCCUGGAACGUGGAGAGCUGCUCAUAGUGUCCACAGAGAGAGGAGAUUCUGGAAUAUAUAUCUGCAACUCUUCGAACAGUCAAGGUCACAUCUCUGCAUCAGCCUCACUCUCAGUCUAUGUGAGAACACAGAUCAUUCGUCCACCUCAAGAUCAAAGGAUUAUUAAAGGAUCUACUGCCACAUUUUACUGUGGAGUUUCACACGAUCCAAACAUUCAGGUAACCUGGAAAUGGACUCACCAAAUGUUACACACGGAAACAAUCUUAGAGAUUACCUCCGAUGGGAGACGGAACAUUGCUGCUGACGGCACUCUGACCAUUAAUGGCAUAAAUAAUAUUGAUAUAGGGUCCUACACAUGUCAUGUGACAUCCACAGGAGGAAAUGACACCAAAUCUGUGUCACUCACAGUCAUUGAGUUACCACAAGCUCCAGUGAUAACAUCUGUGGUACUACAUCCCAACGAUGUGAGAGCAGUUAUUGUUAGAUGGAACCCAGGUUAUGAUGGUAACACAGCCAUUACAAAGUUCAGUGUCCAGUACAAGGAGGUUCCUUUCGGAAAUGAAGGAGCUGACAAUGAUCUAGGUUGGAUAACUUCUGACGCUGACAUUAAUCCUGAUGUACGAGAAGCUAUGGUAACGGGUCUUCGGCCUGCAAGAUAUUACCAGUUCCGAGUGUUUGCCUCAAAUGAGGUGGGGGAGGGUUUACCUAGUGCCCGUAGACCUGAUCCAGCCCUUGAAAUGCCCCAACAACCUCCCAGUAGUCCUCCAAAGGGAUUUUUUGGAAUGCCUAGCACAAAUACUUCAGUGAUCCUGGGUUGGCAGCCUCCAGAUGAAGAUACAUGGAAUGGUCCACUACAAGGGUACACUAUACAGUACAAGUUAGCUGGUUAUCCAAACAGCACAUUUCAGAGGCAGACGGUCACACUGAUGAGUGGGAAUCCACGAUAUGAGCUCCGAGGUUUGGCAUAUUUCCAGGAGUAUGAGAUUCAGAUAGCUGCCUAUAAUAUCGAGGGUAUUGGUGUAUUCAGUAGUCUGAUUCAUGUAAUGACACUGGAAGGUCACCCGACUGCCCCACCAGAAAAUCUAGAGGCUGUAGCAUUAAAUUCCACUGCUGUAACAGUUAAAUGGACACCACCAAACCAACAGUUUAUCAAUGGGAGAAAUUUAGGUUACAAGGUGCUAGGGAAGAGACUGAAUGAUAUGCCGACAGAAUUUGUUGUUGUUGUAGAACAGGAUCAAUCUAAUCCUACAGGUGUACAGCAAACAGUCCUUCGACGGUUGCUGAAGUACACAGAGUACAAUAUCACAGUCUUGUGUUACACCAGUCAGGGAGAUGGCCCAAAAGCUGUCCCUCAAACUGUCAGAACUGCAGAAGAUGUACCAUCACAAGUGGGAAGUCUGACAUUCAGUGACAUUAGAGCUACAUCCUUGAAAGUGAACUGGCAACCUCCCACUGAAAUCAAUGGAAUUCUGUCAGGUUACACAUUGCUGUAUCAGAAAAAGAAUGACACUUCUACACAGCAGAGGGUUGACCUGCCUUCAAGUAAUCUCACCUACACUGUGUUUAGCUUGCAACCCAUGACCAAGUAUACUAUCUCAGUGUUUGCAUCAACAAGUGUCGGACCAGGGCCAUCAAGAUCUGCAGACAUAGAGUCAGGGGUUCCACCAGAGUUACCUUCCCCUCCGUACAAUCUAGCUGUGUCUAAUAUUGAUGCCAGGUCAGUGCUUUUACAGUUUUUACCUGGCUUUGAUGGUAAAACUUCAAUAACUUUGUGGAUUGUAGAGGCCCUAGAAGGGAUGCAUGAAACCCAAUGGAAAACUAUAUUUACGAAGAACAAUCCAUCAGCGAGAUCUUUACAAGUGGAGAACUUAAAGCCAUAUACUCACUAUAAGCUACGCAUCACAGCGGAGAAUAUUGUUGGUCGCAGUGGUCCUAGUGAGCCUACACGGUUAUUUCAGACAACUCAAGACGUCCCUGGCGCUCCACCUGGUAACGUCACAGUCCGAGCACUUAAUGCCACAGCUUUACGUGUCAGUUGGACACCAUUGUCAAAGGGUGAUUGGAAUGGUGAACCAAAAGGAUAUAGAAUAUCAUAUAAGCUUAAAGAUGCAGGUGUAAACUUUCAGGUAGUAGAUUUGGAGAAUGGUAUGAAUCUAGAUAGUGCUAUACUAGGUGGUCUACAGGAAUGGAUGCAGUAUGAAGUAAAGAUGAUAGCGUACAAUGAUGCUGGCAAUAGUUCUGAUAGUCCCAUCACAAUAGAGAGAACUAGAGAAUCUGUGCCAAGUGAGGGACCACAGAAUGUACAUGCAGCUUCUAUAUCAUCUACUAGUGUUAAUGUAUCAUGGGGCGACGUUCCUACAUUACAACAAAACGGCAUGAUACUCGGCUUUAAGGUUGAGUAUAGAUCGUCGGAGAGAAAUAUUCCUACGCAGUCAUUAGAUGUUGCAGGUAAUACAACCAACCAUGUUAUAGUAGAUAAUCUACGCAAGUAUGUCACAUAUGAGAUCCGAGUGUUAGCGUAUACAAGAAUGGGCGACGGUGUCCCCAGUGCACCAGAAGUCGUCGUACAAACUAAUGCUGAUGUGCCUGGUCCCCCACAGAUAAUCUGGUUCCCAGAUGUGUCUUACAGUGUGGUAACAGUAGUGUGGGAACCACCAGCAGAACCCAAUGGCAUAAUUACAGGUUACAUGGUGUCUUAUAAACUUCGGGACAGCCUGGACGACUAUGUGAACAGUUCCACUCUCAGUUCUCGAACUUUCAACUACACUGUUGGAAACUUACAGAGGCAAGCGUUUUAUGAGUUUAGAGUGACAGCUAAAACAACCCUAGGUUGGGGAGAGACAGCCUCGGUGGAAGUCUUCACAAUGGUCAACAGAAGUGCACCAGACAAUCCUUCCAAGCCAACAAUCAAGUCAAGCCAGGUUCAAGCCAGAUCUGUUACUAUCAGCUGGAUACCGGCUCCAUUUAAUGGCUAUGGUCCCUUGCGUAAUUUUACAGUACAGUACAAGAAUGGACAGUCUUGGAUGUCAGUAAAGGAACCAAUCCCACCCACAGUAACAACAUAUCCUGUUCAAGGACUGCGUCCCAAUACAGAAUAUGUUUUUCGAGUAGCUGCAACAAAUGAUAUUGGAACCAGUCCAUUUAGUGUACAGUCUGAUAGUGUGCGAACUCUGGAAGAUUUUCCAGAGGGAGCUCCCCGGCAUGUAAAGGUUGAUAGACUAACUACAACAUCUGUAAGAGUUACAUGGGAGCAACCUUUACCACACACCUGGAAUGGCGAUUUACUUGGCUACGUGUUGAUGUACAGGCAAGCUGAGAACGUCAAUUACAUGGAGGUAGAGAUUCCUGUUGACAGCACAGACAAAACACUUCCAAACCUGGUCAAGUUUGUGAACUAUGAAUUCCUGUUGAAAGCCUUCAACUCGGUUGGGAAAGGUCCAGCUAGUACACCAGUGACUGUGUUUGUAGGUGAAGCAGCACCCACUGCUGCACCAUUAAACAUUAUGACAAAGCCGAUCAACUCAUCCGAGAUAGAGGUAUCCUGGCUACCUCCUCCACCAGAAACUCAGAAUGGAGAUCUAUCUGGUUAUAGGAUAUCAUACUGGCGUAGAACUGACCCAGAGAGUACAGCCAAGCAGGUUACCAAGCGUGAACAGUCGGUGAUUCUUGUUGACCUUGACAUUUACACAGAGUACGCUAUUAGUGUACAAGCUAUAAACCUGGCGGGAGAGGGACCUAAGAGUGCAGUAAAAUAUGAGAAAACAUUGGAAGGAUUGCCUGGAAAGCCGGCCUCUUUGAAGUUUUGGAAUGUAACAUUCAUGUCCCUGGAUGUUAAUUGGGAGCCCCCACUUAAACCUAAUGGCAGAAUUGUCAACUAUGAACUGUCAUACCUGGAACAGAACUCUGCUAGUGGAAGUAAACUGGUGAAGUUUAAUGUGUCAGGCAGCUAUAACCUGUUAAACAUAAAGGAUUUACGAGAGAAUGUCACCUAUCUGUUCAGUAUAUCAGCUAGAACUGCCAUCGGUCAGGGAGAGAGAAUGGACCAAAAUGUGACAGUUGGACCACAGCCAGGUUCACCAGAUGCUCCCACUAGAUUGACUACAACAAUGAAUCCUAAUAAACAGAAACUGACUCUAGUCUGGGACUCAGGGUCAUCAGGUGCAGCUGAUAUAUACGGACAUCUUAUACAAGCUAAACAAGUUGGUCGACGAAAUCGUAGAAAUUUGGACUAUGUAAAUCAAUGGACACCUGUUAAACAGAUCGGUUCACAGCCACGGGCUGAAAUUAAUUUGUUACAGUUUAAUCCAGACACCACAUAUGUUUUACGUGUGAUUGCUCUGAAUGAUUAUGGUAUGAGUCCAUACAGUGAACCAUCACAGGAAUUCAGAACUCCCGCAACUGUUUCUCCAAAAAAAAGACAGAAAGGUACAACCCUGUCCUCUACUUCAAAUCUAACACCAUCUUUGGAACCUGAGGAUGGAGGUUUCAGUAAUUUCGAGAUGACUCAGGGGAGACAAUCCACGCACAGCAGACGGCAGAAGUUUGCUGGAAUCAGAAAUGGAUCCGUUAAUAAUAUAUAUGCAAGGAGACCCGGGAAAGGGGUACGUAAAAGAAAUCCAUUUCCCUCCGAAGGUGCCACAGCGGCCCCACCUCCAAUUCCAAAGCAUCCCUACACAAGCCGAGCACCGGAUCUACCGGAUCGGGGAUUGUCAAAUAACAAUUCUUGGCAAAACCAAAAUAACUCUUCUUUCAAUGCCUAUCAGUAUACUGACAGUGAGGCUGAAAGUAGUCAUUAUGCAUUCAGUUUGAAUGGAGGACAAAUUAUGCUUAAUAACACAGCUGGGUCGCGGGCGCCCCUGCCAGGAUUCUCAUCAUUCGUGUGACGACAGUUUUUUUUCGCAGAAUUAUAUUUUACCAGUAUAAUGAGGCUCAAGCUGUUGGAUUAUUGUAAUUCCAAGGAGAAGAAAAAUAACAUAUAUAUUUUCAGCAUUUUGUUUUGUAUGAAAAUCUUUUGUUAUGAGACUAUGACAACUCUUUGGAGGAGUGUUUUCGUAUACAAUGAUG